AUGGCUCCUGGUAAUAAAAAUAUACAUUCCUUCGCAGCUGGUAAGACUGUUUCCGGGCCAAUUGUUCCAGAUAAAUUCCAUCAGUUCCUGAAAAGUUCUUCCAAAAUGGGCUACCUUGAUGAAGCAGACUUUAUUGAACGUGUCAGGUCAUCUCAAGGGAAAUUUAAUGGGUUGUUACAAUGGUGUUCGAAUUUGUCUUUGAAUGAGUGGAGAAAGAACCAUUUAGAAAUCAACGAAAAGGGUAGUUUGACUCAUGCAGUUAAUGAAACGGAUGUAAAGAGUUUACAGAACACCAUGGAUGACUUUACUGAUUCCAUUGAUUUACCGUCUUCUAGCCACCCGAUCAUUAACCACUUGCAGAAUUGUGAACUUCAGCUCAUUCAUCAGGAUAAUGGAGAUUCCACCUCUCCAAUUAUUGAAGUACAGACUAGUUCCAAUUCUAUAUAUUUGAAAGCCAAUUCGAAGUCUCUUUUCUUUGAUCUUUUCUCCAGCUUAGUAUUUUGGAAGAGUUUGAAAUCCAAUGAUGUCUUCAAUAAGACUAAUGUCAUCCAACCAAUUUUCCAUAAACCUGAGGAUCCAAUUAGUAUUAUUUUAUGUCAAUGUCAUGUGUUUGGUCCUAUACCAAAGAAUAAACAUGUUCAACUAUCAACAUAUUUGCCCAAGCCUUCCAAUGGGGAGUCAGAUGACUAUGGCUGGUUUGCUGCGAUGGGUGUCUUAAAGACGGAUGGUAUCCUAGAUUUGUUGAUUCAGAGCGAUGGAUCCCUAAUCUAUUCUAUUGAUGUGACAAAAUUCUUGCGCUCGGAAAUUCAUAUUGUGGACUCAUCCAUCUUUCAAUCCGACAAAUACCUCUUUAUGGGUAUCCUUCCGCAACUCCGCAAACAAUUGCAAAUUUCUUCUAAUGAGAGCUGCUUCGCUGACAAUUCUCGCUCAUCAACUAAAAGCAGGAAACUAUCACAAUACUUAUAUUUGAGGUUGCCAUUGCGAAUCGAUUUGGAAGACUGGUUUGUUGCUCUUAACUCAUUUGCAAUGCCUGAUGUUCUGAGUUUAAUAGGCACGGAUAAGUCUAAUGAACUUCGAAUCUCCAAUAGAUUCAAAAUAUCGAUCUUAGAAGCGGACUUGAGAGAUUUGGAGAUUGAAAAGCCACGUCUAUACGCUGAAAUAAACCUCUGGGAUAAAGCUGUGGCGAGGACAGCCGUUGUUCCAUCCUCUACGUCUCCGUUCUGGAGAGAGGAAUUUAAUUUCAAUUUUAGCGUAAGGACAAACAUAAUAAAGAUAAUUAUUAAAUGCUCCGUGGAGGAUAAUUCAUACUCCAAUAAAGAUUCAAUUAUUGGUGAAAUUCAAAUAACACAAGAAAUGAUAAAUGAUCCUAAUCUUAAUAAAGAAACAAGAUUGCCUGUAUUUUCAUAUACCAACAAAAACUUUCAGAUCGGUACUAUAUGCAUCAAAACUAUAUCAAGCUUAAAUUUCGUUCUUCAACCGGUCAACUUCACCAAGUUUGAGCAAGUGUUGUCAAAAGUAUCACUUCCGAAAAUAUGUGAUUAUAUGCACGAUAGCAAGAUAUCAGCAGAUCUUAAGCUGGAAGAUAUUUCUUUGGUAUUUUUAGAUAUAUUUCAGGCGAUUAAUCGUGAAGAUGAUUGGUUUCAGGCACUUAUUGAUAGAGAAUUUCAAGGCCUUGACAAAAGCAUUACAAUGAGUAAUUCUAAUCACCAAUCUUCAAAUCAUAUUUACAAUACAUUAUUCAGAGGUAACUCUAUUCUAACAAAAACUAUGGAGACAUAUUGUUACAGGGUUGGACAAGAAUACCUGGAUAAAUGUAUUGGCACUGUAAUCAGGCAACUAGUAGAAGAGGACGAGUCGUAUGAAAUUGACCCCAACAGAAUCAAAGAAUCAGAACUAACGGAGAAAGAAAAAAUCAUUGAAACUAAUUUCCAAAAGCUUCUCUCAUUGGCCGAAAGAACUUGGAAGUUAAUCUUCGAGACUUCCAAUGAUCUCCCACAGGGCAUCAAAACACAAUUGAAGUGUUUCAGGAAGAAAUUAGAAAUCAUAGAACCCGAUGAAAAGAUUUCUUCAAAAUCGUUGCUAAACUGCAUUUCGGGGUUUCUAUUUUUGAGAUUUUUCUGUCCUGUUAUUUUAAACCCAAAGAUUUUCAACUUUGUUGAACAUCAUCCCGGUGAGAAUGCCAGACGAUCAUUGACUCUAUUAGCGAAAGUUGUGAUGAAUUUAUCUACAUUAACGGAAUUUGGGUCUAAAGAACCAUGGAUGAAAAGAAUGAAUUCAUUCAUAGAUGACCACAAGGGACAAUUAUUAGAUUAUUUGGACAAAAUUACCGAAAAGAAGCUCGACUUUGCUCCUAAAAAAUUGAAAUUGAGUAGCAGUCUGACUAGGCCAAAACUUGAAUUAAGUCAAGAUAUUCUGAAGAACUUGCCAGCUAAUCCUUUCUUAAUUGAUAAAUAUUUGAGAGAAACAGAACUAAUCAAUAUAUUUGCAACAUCAGAGGAAAGUAAAUCUUCGAAAACUGUAAGAAGUGUCAGUAUGGAACACAUGUUCAAAAUUGUUCAAGAUAAACCAACCGAAAAAAGUGAAUUUAGUAUCGGCGGGCUAGAAUUCGAAAAAAUGAGCGAAAAUAACACCGAAGUUUUUGGUGAAGAGCUCCUCAGCUUACUGAAAAGUGAAGAGGAUAGCGAUGGUAAUAAGGCUAACGUUCAUUCUCUCCAAUCUACUCCUUCUAAUAAUGGUGAUUUACUGAACCAGCUCGAACAGGAGUCAGUGUUAUUAUUCAACAAAAUUAGGCAACUUGUCAAAGUUUUAGAUGACUAUGAAUAUCCUAAUGAGAUUAUCUUGGGGAAAUCAGAAUAUGCAUCUUUUCUUGCUAAUAGUCUAUACUAUGACAAAGAAAAGAAGGUGUAUCUAGACUUUCAAAAUCUUUAUGCCUUGAAGGACGGGUAUACAAAAUUAUUUAAGUCCAACAGCACAGCGGAAAGCUUUUUUGUCUCUUCAGAAAAGAAAGACCAGCUCAUUCAUCAUAAUUCCACCGAUGAAGCCGUGAAUAGAACAAGCAAGUUUUCAAUGUUUGGCAAAAGUCCGGCCGAUCUCAAGCAAAAAUCAGAAAGCAAGCUUGCCAGAUGGUUCAAAAAGGGUUAA